ACAUCGUCUUCUUCAAGGAGACGCCGCUGUUUUUAAAGGGAACUGCAGCGCGUAAAAUUUUGGCCCGGAAAAUACAGGUUGCUAGAGAGACUAGGGGAUGGAAAAAAAAUAACGUCAGGGCAAGUUUCAGACGACACAAUCUGCUUCGACACUACGCAGGGCUCAGCCUCCGCUAUCGCCUCAGUGACAAGCAGGACACUCUUCUUAGGAUCUCGCGAAGUUAUUUGCCUUGAACUUGAAUCAAAUCAUUGCAUAUUGAGGGCCGGCCCUGAGAGAGAGAGUGGAAAAUGAGUGCAAAAGAUGGAGAAGUAGUAGUAGAAGAAGAACAGGUUGUGAAUCCAUGGCAAGUGUCGGCCAAAGACGGAGGGAAGAUUGACUACGACAAGCUCAUCGACAAGUUUGGAUGCCAAAGGCUCGACCAAUCCCUCGUCGAUAGAGUCCAGCGCCUCACUUCUCGUCCUCCUCACGUCUUCCUCCGCCGUGGUGUCUUCUUUGCUCACCGGGAUUUCAAUGAAAUUCUGGAUGCGUAUGAGAGAGGACAGAAGUUUUAUCUGUAUACAGGAAGAGGACCAUCCUCUGAAGCUUUGCAUUUGGGGCAUCUCAUUCCCUUCAUGUUCACAAAAUAUUUGCAGGAUGCUUUCAAGGUCCCUCUUGUUAUACAACUUACUGACGAUGAGAAGUGCAUGUGGAAGAAUCUAUCUGUGGAGGAGAGCCAGAGACUUGCUCGUGAAAAUGCUAAAGACAUCAUAGCCUGUGGUUUUGACAUCUCAAAAACUUUUAUUUUCUCAGAUUUUGAUUAUGUUGGCGGUACCUUUUACAAGAACAUGGUGAAGGUUGCGAAAUGUGUGACCUACAAUAAGGUUGUUGGUAUUUUUGGCUUUACUGGUGAAGACCAUAUAGGGAAGAUAAGUUUUCCGCCUGUUCAGGCUGUUCCAUCCUUUCCCAGUUCAUUUCCACAUCUCUUUUCUGGCAAAGAUAAUCUCCGCUGCUUGAUUCCAUGCGCAAUUGAUCAGGAUCCUUAUUUUCGAAUGACACGAGAUGUUGCUCCUCGAAUAGGUUAUCACAAGCCUGCGUUAAUUGAGUCAUCAUUUUUUCCUGCCCUUCAGGGUGAGACAGGAAAAAUGUCUGCCAGUGAUCCAAAUUCUGCAAUUUACGUGACUGAUUCAGGGAAGGACAUUAAGAACAAGAUAAACAGAUAUGCAUUCUCUGGUGGGCAAGAUUCUAUAGAGAAUCACAGAAAGUAUGGGGCAAAUCUUGAGGUAGAUAUUCCAAUUAAAUACCUUGGUUUUUUCCUAGAAGAUGAUACUGAACUUGAACAUAUAAGGAAGGAAUAUGGUGCAGGACGUAUGUUAACGGGUGACGUAAAAAAACGACUUAUUGAAGUUUUGACGGAAAUUGUGGAAAGACAUCGCAGGGCUCGGGCUUCCGUGACUGAUGAGAUGGUAGAUGCCUUCAUGGCAGUGAGACCACUUCCCAAUAUGUUCAGCUAAAUUGAGAGCAUAUUGAUUCCUGGAGGCCUCCUGAUUAAGGGUUCCCCCUCCUCUUUCAUCACUUAUCAAAUAUGUACCAAAUUAUUUCAGUUCUCAUUGAUAUACUAUAUAUAUAUGUGUGUGUGUGUGUGUGUAUUGAGACCUGUUUAUUUAUAUAUAGAGGACAGUAUUUUACUCUUUUGCUUCGAUAA